UUCCAAAUUAACCAUACAGCAGCGAAAUGAGUCGACCCAGAAAAUCGCCGUUGAAGUCUGCCUCGUACGCCGGCUGCCGUAUCCUGCUGUGGUUCCUGGUCGUGGUCCCCUGCAUGGUAAUGGUUGCCACCACAACCGACCAGACAGCCGAGGGGUGGUGGGGGGUCGUGCCGAGGAUGCUGUUCAUGGUUGCUGUAGGGCACUACACCGUCCACACUCUAAGUCGCCUUACCAAGGCAGGAGACGUUUACUAUGUUUGUCUAGAGACUAUAAUUGUACUUAUAACGAGCUAUUUAGCUUUACUGGUUGUCUGGACUCAAAUCGAAACAUGCGUGAACGUGAUCACCACCAUCUGUUCAAAGUUUUUAACGAAUAUUCACAACGAAGCAUUGCAAGAGAAUUGUAUUAAAACCAUCCAGAUCAUCACAACUACAUUAUUAGCCUCUGCGUUACUCGUUUGGACAUAUUUCUUAUCACGUAAGAAGGGCAAGCGCAGUGUCCGGUUCUCUUCGUUGGUGGAGGUAAGACAUGUCCUACCUAGGAGUCACCACCUCCUGGGUCCUACAACACAAGCACUUAGCUCUCCUCCCAGCGUGGGCAGCAACCCUGUGGUCAUCUGA